AGAGGGAGAAGCAGGCUUCCUGCUGAGCAGGGAGCACGAUGAGGGGCUCGAUCCCAGGACCCUGGGAUCAUGACCUGAGCCGAAGGCAGACGCUUAACGACUGAGCCACCCAGGCGCCCCUGUACUAACUUAUUUUUAUAAGGAGAUCAUAUUCAUAUACUAAAUUGAUGAUCAAAAACUAACUUAAAAAAAAGAGAUACAGAUAGUUGAGAAAUCAUAUAAAUUUAGAUUUAUGAACUGGUACCUUCUGGUGGUGAUUGAUUUCUAUUUAAACAGCAUCUUUGUUUUAAUGAAGGAUAGUUGCAAGAAAGCAGGCAGAGACAAGGGGGCUCUCCUGCCCUAAAAGGAAACCACCCUUAAAAGGAUUUGAUACCACCCUGAAAGGAGCCCUUCACCCUUUCCCACGUGAAAUUGGAUGAAGACAUGCAUCAAAAAAUUGCAAGAGAAAUGAACCUCUCUGAAACUGCUUUUAUCCGAAAACUGCACCCCACUGACAACUUUACACAAAGUUCCUGCUUUGGAUUAAGGUGGUUUACGCCAGCGAGUGAGGUUCCCCUCUGCGGCCACGCUACCCUGGCUUCCGCGGCUGUGCUGUUUGACAAAAUAAAAAAUGUGAAUAACACUCUAACCUUUGUCACUCUGAGUGGGGAACUGAAGGCCAGAAGAGCAGAGAACAGUAUUAUCCUGGAUCUACCUCUUUAUCCUGCCCACCCGCAGGACUUCCAUGAAGUGGAGGACUUGAUAAAGACUGCCAUAGGUGAUACCCUAGUCCAAGACAUCUGCUAUUCUCCAGGUACCCGAAAACUCCUUGUCCGGCUCAGUGAUACUUACAAGAGGUCAUUCCUGGAGAACCUGAAGGUGAACACAGAGGAUCUGCCGCAAGUGGAAAACACAGGGAAGGUGAAAGGACUCAUUCUCACCCUUAAAGGAGAGCCUGGAGGGCAGACCCAAGCAUUUGAUUUUUACUCCAGAUAUUUUGCACCCUGGGUUGGUGUGGCUGAAGACCCUGUAACAGGAUCUGCACAUGCUGUUCUCAGCAGCUACUGGUCCCAGCAAUUGGGGAAGAAAGACAUGCAUGCCUUUCAGUGUUCCCACCGAGGAGGAGAGCUGGAGAUUUCACUGCGUCCUGAUGGACGGGUUGACAUUAGGGGCAGCACUGCUGUUGUUCUAGAGGGCACACUGACAGCCUAGAGGUGGUUGUGGUUCGAUGCUGCGAUUUUGAAUGACUAAGUAUUUUCUGCACAAAAAGAAAUGUAAGCAGCUGCCUUUACCAAACCUGCAGAGCAGUUCACUUCAUCCUCACGUUAGAAAUAGAAAAAUGAAGACAUAUUAAUGGAAAUUUCAUCGUGCUUCCUGACUAAUUAAUUAAUGGAGUUUUGGCUCUGCCCGUGAGUGUAUUUGACAUAGAAGUAACCAGUAACAAAGAAUGAUGUUGUCACCUUCGAUUAUGACUACCAAUCACAGAAUGAGGAGUACAUUUAUGAGGAGUAAGAUCAAACCAUUUAAACUUAGGUAUGAGUAUCUGAUAGACUAUUUUGUAGCCAUUAAAAAGACGCAAUAACUAUGUGGAAAUAUUGGAAAGUAUCUCAUGACACAAUACUAAGAAAGGGAAUUACAGUGGACUACAAAAUGUUGGCAAUGUUAUGUUUAUAUCUAUGGACAAUAUGAAUGUAUAUGGACUAAGAUGGGUCAUGAAGAUAGAAAGGUGACAACUGUUCAUAUGUGUGCGUGUGUGGGGGUAAGAUUGGGAGUCAUUAAAUGUACCUAAAAAAUUAUUUCCCUUAUUGGAACACACUCAUGUUCAAUAACUAAAAAAUCAGGACAUAUAACAGAAUAACCCAAAAACCCAGAUAUUUCAAAAAAUGUAUAUGUAUUACUGUGGUGAUAAAAUUAAACACUAAAAGCAAUAUAAUAUCUUUAUCUUGAUGUAUAGUUUUAGAGUGUAACUUAAAAAGCAUUCUUCUCUUACCUUAAUAAAAUUGGUUCUAACAUAUUUUCAAUUCAGUUAAAUCUGUAAU